CCCCAUAUUCCCUCAAAAAGAUUACCGAGACCAGGCUCACUACAGGCUCCGCUGUUGUUACUAGCAGGGGCCAUUGAAGAAGCCGAAGAUACGUUCUUUCAUGUUCACUAAAGGUAUCAACCGCUGCUACCUAUGAGAGACCUCUACACCGAGUGGGAACGCUUCUCCCAUCCGGACCCAGAUGAAGAAGACCCUCCAACUCCGGACGAAAUUCAAAUUUUGCGAGAGUUUACCGAGCGUUACGACACAUCCGAUACCAUUUCGGCAGAUGACGCUGCUCGCAAUUUAAUGUCACUCGCUGACGAGGGCUGCGGGGUAGAUGAGCGCCAGAAUGAUGUCGUGAAUAUAGGCGAACGCGUUUCCUGGUUAUUAUGGGAUGCCGCUAUCGAGAUGCCGCGCUAUCAGCCUGCUAUUCAUAAGUUGGUUGAGGCUAUUCGCGCACUUCCUGAGCUGGAAAGAACCGAGGAGCAGAUUCGAACCCGUCGUUUCGAAGAUAAAUUAGAAAACUGGAGAUCCUUGGAGGCAUUUGAAAACAUCUGGUCUGAGACUUAUGCGCGCUGCUGGGAGAUGAGAUACGGCCCAUAUCCCUUCUACGGGUGGAAUGACUUCCAUAGCGCUAGCGCUUUCUAUGCGCACUAUCUUGCUGCCUAUCCACCUGAUUCCCCCAAAUUAAGCGAAUUAGCCGUGGCAUUGCGACUUGUCAUGUUUGCACUAGAGCAGGGCCCAUGGACUUAUGCACAACCACGACCGCCGGAGUCGCCAAGAACUUUACAGCGCCACCACCUUCGGGACCUUCGCCGCGCUACUGAUUAUGUUCUUAUGUUGAAUACUGAUGUACACGCUAUGGUUCCUUUUUUUUGAAAUUGCCGGGCAUAUCAUUUUCAGUUUUAUCGGCAAGAAAGAUCUGUCUUUACUUGAAAGAAUAAAAUUGCGUGGUUGCAAUCUAUGGGAGGGAGACUCUUCGUUCUCGAUAGAGAGAUGGGAGUUUUGGAAAAAGCGUCUGAGAUGGAUAAGUGAGCAAGAUGAGCUAAUGGAAAGGACACAAGCCGACGCUCGGAAACUUGUGCAACUAAUGCAAGAAAUUGAGCAACAUAGCCGAAGAAUUAGUUCGGAGCGCUGGGCAUAGCACAAAUAUGCUAAUUAGGAGCUAGUUUGUUAAUGACUCUGUUCUACUCGGCAACUCAAUGUAAAUAACACCUACACAAUACGAUGGGCUUAUAGUAAAUAGAUCAAAAGUCCAAGGGAG